GAUAGAAGAUGUUUGUUAUGUGGCUAAAUUCUUGUUUCGUUUUUGCUAAAUAAUUUAUUUUUAUAUAAACUAAAUUAAUUAGUUAUUAGGCGGUCAGAAAAUGAGCAACCAAAGAGAUGCGUCUUCCACCACUAAAUUAAAAUGGUCGUCGUUCGCUGGCAUGUAUGUGGGCUACACAUUGGCAAUCUUCAAUAGGAAAUGUUUCUCUUUUGCCCUGCCCGCCAUAAUGAUCAGUCUGCAUCUUGAUAAAAAUGAGGCCGGUCUAAUAUCAAGUAGUCAGAAUCUGGCAUACACGAUCAGCAAGUUUGUUGGAGGUAUCCUGGCAGAUUCAGUGAACGUCAAGUACCUCUUCUGCGUUGGACUCUUUGGCUCUGGCCUUUUAACUGUUUCUCUUGCAGCUUUUAAUUCAUCCUGGCCAUUUGUGAUAAUCCUAUUCGUGCAAGGACUUCUCCAGGGAGGAUGCUGGCCGGCCUGCGCCAAAAUGCUUAAAAGGGGUUGCAGCCCGUCUAACUUCAAUUUUUUCUGGGGCUUGCUGUCAACGUCCAUGAACGUGGCGUGUGCUUUGGGGCCCAUCUUGACCGCUUAUAUUUUGUUUCAAAAUUCUUUUUGGAAGAUUUGCUUUGUGAUUUAUGGCAUUGCUGCUGUUCUGGGUAGUGUUGUCAGUUUCAUGAUGAUUCGAGUGGAUGAUCAAGGUUCAAAUACAAAUAACUCAACUGCAGCCAAUCAGAAUUUAAGAGGUCGAGGUUCGUGGAAUGACCUACUUAAGAGUCCAUUCAUGUGGGUAGUCUGUCUGAGUUACAUGCUGGUCUUCAUGGCGAGGACAGCCGCACUGGAUUGGGGCCAAUUGUUCAUCAUCCAGGAGUUAGGGCACAGUACUUAUGUUGGCAGUCUAUUCAUCAGCUGCAUGGAAGUGGGUGGGGUGUUAGGUUCAAUUUCUGCUGGCUACAUAGCUGACAUGCUGGUUGCAGACACGGAGCAAACAUCCAGUAUCACGGGCAGUCCGAGAAUGACGGUGGCUACUGUGUAUGUCCUCAUACUCACUGUCUCUCUUCAUCUUCUUCUCUUUUUCAUCACUAGUGCAUCUUCUCAGAUAUUCAUAGCAGCAAUCGGCUUCUUAAUGGGGCUUGGGGCGUACGGUCCCAUCUCCAUAUAUGGUGUUAUGUCCAUGGAAGCCUCACCUGUCCACUUGCAAGGCACCUCCCACGCUAUCGCCUCGCUAGCUGCUAAUGUUGGAGCGGUGACAGCGGGCCUACCAUUCAGCAUGGUGGCAAACAGUUUGAACUGGAGAGGUGCCUUCAUCAUAAUGGAGUCCACACUUGCUGGCAUGCUCGUCAUCAAGGUACUCACAAGAAAUUUAGAAUACAAGAUGGUCUCUACGAAGAAAAAAAUUCAAUAAAAUAAUUUAUUCGAUGUUUUUGUUUUGUUGUGUGUGUGUGUGUGUGUGUGUGUGUGUGUGUGUGUAUUUUGACAUUUUAUUGCAUAAUUUGAUUGCAUUGUACAAGCAGUGUAUUUGUUAGAUUUUGUUUGUACACAAUAAUAUUUUUCAUUUUGACGAAUUUUUGUUUGACUUGAUAGGCGUCAGUAUAUUGAGAAUGCACAUUUCCUCUUAAUUCACAUUUUAGAAGAAGUUUUCGAGUUUUUUGUUGCGAUUUUUAGACUUAGUGCUUGGAGUGUUUAUGAUUUCACAACAUUUUCUUACAAGCAUUUAUCUUAUUUGUUGCUGCUAAUCGUUUUUACAAGUAUAAAAAAAUUAUAUAUUUUCGGAUCAUUUGUUUUAUCAGUAAACUUGGACAGCAAAAGUUUUUUUAUUUUGUGAAAAUAAAAAGAAAUCAAAUUUUA